UAGUUAAAAACGAAUCGAGCGUCUCGAGGGGAAUGCGGUAGAGCCGAGGAUGCCGAGCCUCGAAUUAGGGUUAGGGUUAGGGUUUCGAGAGGCGGAGGGGGACGAGGAGGAGGAGGAGGAGGAGGAGGAGGAGGGGAGGAAGAAGAAGAAGGCGGAGCCGCAGCAUUCGCGAUCGACGGUGGGGAGGAGGCGGCGAAGAAGGAAGAGGGCUGCGGAGGAGGAGAGCUUCGAUUCGGCGAUCGCCUACUCCCCCAACACCGCGCCCGCCACCACCCGGUGCUCCUUCGAAUGCGAUCGCGACGCGCUCUUGCAUUUGGCGGGAUGCGAGCGCUCCGGUGGCCCUGGACCAGAUCCAGAUCCAGCUAAAAGUGCCUCCUUUUCUCUCCCUUCUCGUGAUACUCCCACCCCCCAAAUCCACACCCAUCGCGCCUCUACACCCCUCAACAGAGGGGCAGAGGAGGGCUUAGUACAUGGCGCAGGAGAGGAGGAAGCAGGAGAAACCCUAGACGCAGCAAGAAAUACGUUCUCUCAGGCCCCCGGAGAAUGCCACAACCAACGGUUCAGAUCUGAAGCUCUCCCGGUGCCCGGUAAGGAACCCCUGAGGCGGCGCCCCGCGUCGCUCGAUCUCAACGGCCAGGGAGCGGAUGCGAGUGUUCUGUCUCCGAGAUUUGUAAUUGGGGGCUUAGGAGGGAUGAGCAAGAGCUCCACAGCUUCUUCCCGGAGCAGAUCGGGCACGUUCCCUAGCCCCAGCACGCCGAACUAUAACAGGCACGGCGUGGCGGUAAUCGGGUAUAAUAAAGGUUGGAGCUCGGAGAGGGUGCCGCUCCCGGCGAAUAGUAGCCGGAGAUACGCGAGCGGUGGGCUGGUGCUGCCUUUCAACAAUGGGAGGGCUUUGCCGUCGAAAUGGGAGGAUGCGGAAAAGUGGAUCUUCAGUCCGGUUUCCGGAGAUGGGAUUGGGAGAUCGUCAAUGCCCCCAGCGCAUCAUUACAGGCGACCCAAGUCGAAAAGUGGCCCGCUGGGGCCUCCUGGUGCGAUUGGCGUGGCCUAUUCGACGGCUUCGCCGCUUGCCCCGUGCUUUGAUGGUGGGAGAGUUGGGCAUUUCACGGCAAGCUCGCCGUUUCUGGCUGGGGUUUUGAUACCAGGAAGAGGUGGGGGCGGAGUCGGCGGCAGCAGGGAUGGUGGGGGUGGUCGAUCUUCUUCUUCUAAUGGCGAAUCCUGCAUUGUCCCAUCUUCCACCUUGACUAGCUCUCGGGAUGCUACACAAGAUGAAGAAGUUGAGAACGCAAGAAAAGCCAUUACGAUAUCUCCCGUAAUUCUGAAGAAGGAUGUGGCGACACAAAUGAGUCCCGAGGGAAGUCCUCUAUCUUCUCCCAAGGAGAGGCCUCCUUUCUCCAACUCUGCAAUAGCCAGCCCCAUUGAUGAGCUUGAGAGCCAUUUCUCUAAGCUUGAGGUCAGAGAUGUGGAGGUGGAUGAUCGGGUGACUACUGUAACUAAGUGGUCAAAGAAGCAAGUAACUCGAUGCUCUGACAAGCGCUCAACAAAUAUUGUAGAGUGGAAAAAAAAGACUCUGGAGGCUAAGGAUUCUUGCUGGGCAGUAACUGAAAAGGAGAAAACCAUAUCAAGGUCUAAGAGAGAGGAAGCAAAGAUCACAGCAUGGGAGAAUCUGCAAAAGGCUAAAGCUGAGGCAUCAAUAAGAAAACUUGAGAUGAAACUAGAAAAGAAAAGAUCAUCUUCAAUGGACAAAAUUCUGGGGAAGCUUCGAUCUGCUCAAAAAAAGGCACAGGAGAUGCGUAAUGCAGCAACAGCCGACCAAACUCAUCAUGUUUCAAACAAGGUUUCAAACUUCCGUCGAACUGGUCAGAUCGGUUCAUUGAGUGGCUGCUUCACCUGCCAUGCCUUUUAGCUUAUUCACAGCAACAACACUUCAGUAAAAAUGGAAUGCUGCUGCUAGUUUCUAGACGGGAAAGGCGAGAUGCGGGAAGCAGCAAGACGGCAUUUUCAACGUUGUAACAUAUUUCAAUGUUUUUUAUUUGACAAUCAAGUGUUUCGAGAACUAGGUAUCAUUUAAAAGUUCAAUAGUAGGAGUAUUCUUGGUAAUAUCUAAAUAAAAUAAAAGUUACCUGCU